AACUUGUCUGAAUUGUGUAGAAUUCUAGGCUAUGCAAAUUAGCAUAGACUGCAAUAAAAACACAACAUUUUACAUUCUAGGCGUAUUCUAUUUUGUUGAAAAUUUAAUUUUGUGACUUUCAAAGUUGAUUAAUCUAUAUUGUAAUGGCUGGUGACAUUAAUCACCUUAUUGAUCAUUCGUACACUUUGUCAAGAAGCUUGAAAACAAGUGCCAAGUACAAUGUGCUUGAAUGCCGCGUAUGCGAGGAUGUCUUCUGUUUGCAAGGCGACAAAGUGCCCCGUCUGCUGUUCUGCGGGCACACAGUGUGUCAUGCCUGUCUGUUGCGGCUUCCAUUGAAGGAUGACUCAAUCAAUUGUCCCUUUGAUCGGCAGCCAACUCCCGUUGGCAGUUCAGGUGUGUGGGGCCUGAAGAAGAAUUUCGCCCUUCUCGAACUUCUUGAAAGACUGCAGACCAUUCGUCCGGAACCGGAAACCGUAUCCUUACUUCCGAACUCCGAUGCACUCAGAAAGGAAAGACAGUUAUGCAUCAGAUGCGACGAGAACGAGCUGCACACAGCGGUGCUGUACUGCAUGGUGUGCGGCACACAUUUGUGCGAGGUGUGCGCACAGACGACGCACUCAACGCGCACAUUGGCGCGUCACCGUCGCGUGCCGCUGAGCGACAAGCCGCGCGAACGACCGCGCUGUCCGCAGCACGCCGCGCACCCCGCCGAGUUCGUCUGUCUGCAGGACGAGUGCCAGGCCCUCUCGCUCAAGACUAUUCACUGCUUCAUCUGCAAGGACUACGGACGCCACAAGAAUCACAAGCAUGCGCUGGUGGAAGUGGAGGCUGAGAAGAAAAGAUCGACUGUGGUUGGCGCUGUGCAGCAUAUGCGCAAAUUAAUGGAGGAAAUGAGUGAGGCAGUUCAUCGAUUCGAACAAGUGGCGAUCGGCCUGGAAGGCAGACAGGAGCCUGACAGCGAGCCGGGCACAGCUUCGGCGGCACAUGCCAAGGUGGAGGCGUACUUCGCGCAGCUGCGGGAGACGCUGCUAGUUCAGGAAGCCGCCGCUAGGAACGCUGUCGACACCCACGUCAGGGAGCGGCUGGCGGCGCUCAGGCAGCUCAGGGAGGAUCUUGAAAUGUCGCUGUCACAGAUGGCAGUGAUGUGCUACCACAGCGAAUCGAUAAUUCAGCAAGACGAUGCUCGGGUUCUGACAGCAGCUCAGGAAAUCGAAAAUCUGCUCGACUGCCUCAAGAAAUAUCAACAGCAGAUGCUGGACUUCAGUCCUGAACAGCUCCAUCCCGAACCCAGUAUCCCAAUCACAUUUACUAAGGAUAACCGAGUACACAUCGGGCCGAAAAUUGAAAUGCGUGUUGUGGUGUUGGGACUGGAUGGAGCAGGCAAGACCAGCAUUCUGUUCAAACUCAAACAGAAUGAAUUCAUGGCUGUUAUACCUACGAUUGGAUUCAAUGUUGAGUCAGUCGACUACAAGACGGUCAGAUUCAAUAUUUGGGAUAUUGGAGGUCAGCCAAAACUCAGGCCGCUAUGGAAGCAUUACUAUCUCAACACUCAAGCUGUUGUAUUUGUGAUUGACUCAAGUGACAAAGAGAGGUUGCCCGAAGCGCUCAGUGAACUGUCAAAACUCAUGUCCGAAAAAGAGUUGAAGGAUGCUGCUCUUCUAAUAUUAGCUAAUAAGCAAGACAUACCUGGUGCUGAGAGUAUUGAGAGCAUAACGCAGCAGCUAGCUCUUUACAAACUGUGUUGUGGUCAUAGCUGGAAUAUCCAGGCUUCAGAUGCGCUGUCAGGGGACGGUUUGCAUGACGGACUGGAGUGGUUGUCCAGGCAGCUAUUGGCUUCUGGCCUUUCAGACAUCAACUGAAUUCAAGUCUCAUUCGACAAUCUUCUUUCUAGGCUAUCUUUAAUAUACUUCAAAUUAAACUUAAACCCGGCUAACUUUUGACUUUACUGAUAUUUAAUUAUUCAUAAUUGGUUGAAUGUUUUAAACAAAAUAUUGAUUUUUUAUGUAAGGAAAGAUGACAGUUUGAAGAGAAUCUUGAGCUGUAUACAGACUUGUGCACUACAAACAUAGGUUGUUGGCUUUUCAUCAGCUGAUGCUAUGCUUAUUAUCAUAGAGAAACGAUAGCAUAAAAAGAUAUCCCAUGGUAUAGGGCGUUUAUGUCGCAACUUUUACUGUUAUCCGAAGUCGAUAGUUCACGUAGUUCUU